UUUUUUUUUUCUCUCUUGGCAUUUGUUUUACCAUGACCUUGACAUCCAAGGAAAGGGUAGAUAAACCAAUGGAUCAUCACUUUGCUAUACGAAAAAUAUCUUCAGAGGACGAUGUUGGAAUUAUACCUUAUACACCUAAUGUUGUUUCAGUUUAUGCGGAUUCCAUUCGUCGCCAACGUUCUGAUAGUUUUGUUCACUCUUAUAACAACAACAAUAGAAUAACAGGGACAACGAAAAUAGCAACAGCAAAAACAACAACAGCAAAAACAACGACAACGAAAACAACAACAAAUACAACUUUACAAACUCGUACACUUUCCAUACGUAGACCAAUUCAUAUAGACUUGAAACACGAAGAAGUUGACUCUGAAGACGAUCAAGAAAAACAAACUGUAUACCUCGACUAUAACAACAAUAUCACUAGAUCUCGAAGUAAUAGCAAUAAUACCAACAACAGCUUCCAAAAUUCUGUAGGCAAUUCUCUUCAUAUUAAUACCAGUUUGUCUACUCCUGGAAAUACCAACAAAAAUGAUACUGGCGCCAUCUUGGAAGGUGUACUAAUUCGACGGGCAAUUCGACCUAGUUCUCAUCUUACUCAACAACAAGCCAAUAAAGAAGACUCAUUAUCAUCAUCACCGAAAGACGGUCUCAACCUUUCUUCCCCUUCAUCAAGUGCAUCUUCUCCUUCAUCUAUGACAGAAACUGUUACCCCUUCUGUUUUACCUUCUUCAUCUACAUCUACUCCAAUCUCAAUACCUGAUAGUUCUAUACCAUGGCAGCCACCUUCACUCACCAUACCAACACAUAACAAUACCAACAAUACCGCUAUCUCCUCUUUGGAUAACGAGAAUACUAUGUCAUCUGUUGUCUCCAAGCUGAUACCAAGAAAGGAAAAACAGAUGGAUGAUUACACUAAACAUCCUUCUUUAUUCAAACGAUUGGCUCAUAUUCAUCAUCACAACCAUUAUGGGCCCAAAUUAUACCGCGAUGAUCAUCUUUACGAAAAUAUGUUGAUGUCACCAUCAAAUACUACAUCUAUAGAUCAAGAUACGGAAUUGUAAGCUUUUAAUUUGUUUAUUUUAUUUUUUUGAAAAAAAAAAAAGAAAUAAUUUGAAUGGAUUCUCAUUUGUUUAUUUAUUUGUAGAGAUAGAUACGGUUUUCAGAAAGCAACACAAUGGAUUUCACUUCAGACAUAUCACGACUUUGAAAAGUAUUAUCAACC